UACUACUUGUGUGAUUUGGGAAAAGCAUCCUGACUAAACAUGCUUCUCGUGGGGGAAGAUUUCACAAAGUAUAGAUUGUGGGGGAUUGUAUGGAUCUGCAUCAGCCUCGGUUUUAUUUCAUAUUCUGAAGCAUUCUCUCAUGGUGGAAGUUUUGCUGCUUGCUUGGACAUGAAACCAAAGCACAUUCGAGCUUUACCACAGAACCCCAGGAAGAAUUAUGUCACCGUUUACACCAAUCGCUCUUUUUACCUGCCAGGAGAAAAAGUCCCUGUUACUUUGAGAAGUACAAGAGAUUUCAUGGGCUUUUUCCUUCAAGCUCGCAGAGUAUCGAAUGACCAAGUAGCUGGGUCUUUUGUGUUCAUUCCACCUGGCUCCAAACUACUGCGCUGCUUUGAAGAUGGAGACACUGUGACCCAUUCAGACAAGUCCUUGAAAAGAAAUCUGUCCUUUGUGUGGAAGUCACCUGAUCAGCCUGUGGGAGACAUUAAAUUCUUUGUAUCGGUGGUUCAGUCUUACUUUGUUUACUGGGCAAGAAUUGAAUCAAAUGUCAUGGCUGGAAAUGUUCAUAACUGGACAUCAGAGACCCAAGAUAUAAAGGCAUCAGACAUGGAGACAUCUUCUGUCACAAGUACAUGUAUUGCCAUAAACCUCAAACAUUCCACUACGUUGACUGGUGCAAACAAGAUAUCUCUAGUUAGCAUUAAAGGAACCAAGCCGCCAGAAAUUAGGAUCACAACUGUUACAGAGAAAACGAAGCAUGUCUUCCCUAAUGUCACAUCUAUUAUUAGAACUUCUCCACAGUUUGUGACCACCAGCAGUAGCGUUUCUCAUGGAUCAACUGUCCAGACUGUCACGUUACAGAACAUCAAAUCACAGCAUCUGAACUUAACAUCCACUCACCGUAUAAACAGCAGGACUCAACAUUUACAUCUAGGAAGACUUACAACACAUUGCAGCACAUGUAUAGAAGAAAGCAAGCUGGUUACUCAAGGACAAAAAUUGACUUCACCAAGCCUAUCGUCUUCUCCUGCUUCCUUUGCACAGUAUACCAUUCAACUUUUACAAACUGAAGAAAUAAUGAAGGAGCCUAUAAAGUCCAGCUUCCAGGAUUCUCAGAAUCACGUUUCUUCUGGUCCCACCACACAAUAUAAAGUGCUUAAGGCCACCAAAGAGCUCUCUGCAAACUUUCUGCAUCAGCCAGAAUCUCCAUCACUAGAAAGAAAUACAGAAAUCAGUACUUCUUCAUGGGUGACCAGGUCUAUCCAAGAGUUUGGUGUCCCAACAAAAGAGAAGGAAAACAAAGGGAAAAGGAUGCAGUUUGCUAUGACCCAGCUAGGCAUCCUACUUGGCUGCUCUGUAGUCCUUGGGAUGGCCCUUGCUGCCGGUUUGCGGUGCGUCCAUGCUCAGUACUGUCACAGGAGGACCGAAGUUUCCUUCAGCGAACCAGACAACAAUGUUAUUACACUGAGAGAGAAUGGGGAAAUGAUGCAAUUCAAGAAAUUUAGAGAGAACAGCUUUGUGUUGGUCCAAGCAGAAUAUAACUGGAUCACUCCAGCUGUCGGUAAAAAUUUACAGUAACGGUCAAUUACACAAAGGAAAAAAUCCUGAUUGUAGUUUGUCUAGUAUGUAAUGUUUUGAACAAAGACUUUGUUUUAAGGGAAAAUACAUAGUAAUAUAGGAGGUUGCAAACCUACUUUAUUUUUGUCUGGAAGUCUUAUUCAAAAAUCAUGGCGAGCAAAUGUUUUUUUUACAGACAAAUUGGAAAACCAUAAGGAAUCAUAAAGAUUAUGAGCGAGACAUCUCUAAAACUCAAUAUACUUAUAUAAAUUUGUUACCACCCUUUUCUCUGAACCAUAAAAGGAUGAUAAUUCCGAUCACAAUCACCUGCUAAAGUAUGCACAGCGUCAAAAAACCAACAGACACGUGUAAAAAUAACAUUACAAACAGACACAUAUGUUAAAAAAAAUUAAAGUGUGCAAUACACGCCCCACC